ACCGACGCACUCACGCAGCCUCCAUGACAGGUACCAGUUAACAACAACACCAAGGUAAACAGAUCUAUUCUUUUUGCAGCACUGGGCGUGUAAACACAGCCAGCUGUAGAGAGUGACAGUGUUUCUGCUCAUGGCCGGACUUCUUUAAUGUCCAGCCGACCAAACAGACCCGGUGUUAGCAGCAGAGCGGAGCCCAGAGCUGAGGAACUCACUGUCAACGUUGAUGUUGGCCUCUCUGUCCACGAUGAUGUCUCAUGGCUUCAAGAGCAGUCGGCAGGACUUCACCUUCGGACCGUGGAAAGUGACUGCUGCCAGAAACCACAUCAUGAAGUCCAAAGACAUUGAACGGUUAGCGGAGGAGAUGAACAUGCCCUCCCUCCCAGAGAUGCUGUUUGGAGACAACAUCCUGCGCAUCCAACACGCGGAUGGCUAUGGCAUUGAAUUCAAUGCCAUCGAUGCCCUAAAGAGAGUCAACAACAUGGAGGAUGCUGUGAAGGUGGCCUGUGCUCAGGAAUGGCAGGAGAGCAGAGCUGAUUCUGAACACUCCAAAGAGGUAGUCAGACCUUACGACUGGACGUACACCACAGACUACAGAGGAACUCUUCUAGGAGACGGCAUGCAGAUAGCGGUGACAAAGACGUCGGAACGUAUCGACAUGGAGAAGCUGAAAGCUCGGGAACAGAUCAUGUUCUUUGAUGAGGUGCUGCUGUUCGAAGACGAGCUGCACGACCAUGGCGUCUCCAUGAUCAGCGUCAAAAUUAGGGUGAUGCCCACCAGUUUCUUCUUAUUGCUGCGUUUCUUCCUACGAGUGGACGGAGUGCUGAUUAGAAUAAAUGACACGCGGCUGUAUCAUGAGGCUGGAAAGGAUUACAUGCUACGAGAGUUCAGCACGAGGGAAAGCAAAAUAGCAGAACUCAAGAAUGUUCCUGCUGCACUGUACACAGAUCCUAAUGAGAUCGCCCAGCACUUGACCCUGAAGCUGAUGGAGUGUGAGAAGCUGGAGCUCCCAGUGAUGGAGCCUGAGUUAGCUGAGAACGACGGCCUCCAGUAACCAGUAUGCUCAUCGGUCCACAUUGAUGUGUUGCAUGAUGAAAAAUGGGAAUAGUAGUCUUAAACUAAUCUUACGGUAACAUAACAAAAAUUGAUCUGCCCUUAAAAUAACUGUACAGGAAUAGUUUUUAUAUGUGACCACUACAAUGGUGUGUUGUUAACACUCUGCAGCCAGACAUUAGACAGUUUCAGUGUGCUCACAGUGCAGCUCCAUGCACUGUGAUAUCAUAGAAACUUUAACCCUGGUUGAGUUUGAACCGAUUUUGUUUUAUGAGACAUUUUUUCACUGUCAAGUUGAGCGGCUUGGUAGCUGUUUCCAUGCUUGUAAUAUUAGUGUUUCGAUAAUGUGUUUGUAAAAAAAAAAAAAGAAAGAGCCACACAUAGGAGCACUGCAUUUUCUGAAGUCAAA